CCUUCCUAUUACAGUGGAUUAACCAAACAAACAAGAAAGUACCAAAGUUGCAAGUAACCUGCGUUAAUUAGACCAACCUCUUCUCUCACUUCCUCCAGCUACUUCUGUCUCUCUCUCUCUCUCUGUAUCUCUCUCUCUGCUUCUCUCUCUUGGCCAAUGGCUACUGGAUCGACAGAUUCCGCGAGCUCCCGCUCCUCAGGUGUUCUCUAUAGGCUGUUGUUGGUGUUCUCUGUCGGUAUAGCUGCUUCGACUUAUCAAGCGAUCAAGCCUCCUCCUCCAAAGCUAUGUGGUUCUCCUAAUGGUCCAUCCAUCACAGCACCGAGGAUUAAUCUUAGAGACGGAAGACAUCUGGCUUACAAAGAGCAUGGAGUUCCAAGAGAUGAAGCUACCCAUAAGAUCGUCUUUGUCCAUGGAUCCGAUAGUUGCAGACACGACAACGCCUUCGCAGCUCUACUUUCUCCGGAUAUUAAGGAAGGACUUGGUGUGUACAUGGUUUCAUUUGAUAGACCUGGUUAUGGAGAGAGUGAUCCAGACACAAACCGUACUCCCAAAAGCUUGGCUUUAGACAUUGAAGAGCUUGCUGAUCAGUUGAGUCUAGGAUCUAAAUUCUAUGUGAUUGGUUACUCUAUGGGAGGACAAGCUACAUGGGCAUGCCUUAAAUACAUUCCUCACAGGUUAGCAGGAGUAGCGCUUGUUACUCCAGUAGUGAACUACUGGUGGAAGAAUUUUCCAUCAGACAUCUCAAAGAAAGCUUAUUACCUACAGGCGAUGAAUGAUCAGUGGGCGGUUCGUGUUGCACACUAUGCUCCUUGGCUUACUCAUUGGUGGAACUCUCAGAAGUGGUUCACUGGUUCAAGUGUUGUGACGCGAAGCCUCGGUUCUCUGUCUGAUUCAGACAAAGAGAUCUUGUUUAAGAUCGGUGCUGCAGGGAGACCACAUGAGGCACAGAUAAGGCAGCAAGGAACACAUGAGACCGUGAACCGUGACAUGAUUGUUGGGUUUGGAAAUUGGGAGUUUGAUCCAAUGGAACUCGAGAAUCUGUUUCCGAACAACGAAGGAUCGGUGCACUUGUGGCAGGGAGAUGAUGACGCUCUUGUCCCUGUGACUCUGCAACGUUACAUAGCUAAGAAGCUGCCAUGGAUUCAUUACCAUGAGAUUCCUGGAGCAGGGCAUAUGUUCCCGCUUGCUCCAGGUAUGGUUAAUAACAUCGUUAAGACGCUCUUAACAAACGAUGGAGUCAAGAAUUAGGAAAAAUUUGGUUUUGUGACAUGAUUUGUUAUAAAUACUUUGAACCGAUCAGAGAUAUCUUUAUAGAUCUGUCUGAUUCACUGGUAUAUUUAAGGGUUUUGGUAGCUAUGUAAAACUACUCUGCAUCCAUCGUUAGCUUUUUUAUCUGAUUUCUUGAUGAAUACUUCUAUAUAUAUAUAUAUAUAUAUAUAUAUCACUCAAUAUUAGUCUUAAUUGGA